CCUAUCUUCUUCUUUCAUAUCUUCAAUAUGCGAUGAAAUGUACAGAGAUUAAUUCUUGCAUUCUGGGUACUUUCUACCUUUGUAUAUUCACAAUGAACUUUGUUAUUAAUUGGGUUAUUUCGAUUGAUUUUUCUCUUGAUUGAAGUCAGAUUAUCAAUAUUGUUGGCAAUUUGUUUCGUAUCAUCUUCCUUGCUUUGCUCAAUAGUUGCUUGUAGAAGAGGGAGUGCGAUUUAUCGCCUUUAGUGAUCCCUCCUUCCCCUUCUGCAAGUUCAUUUUUUCGUAGUUGAGCUUAUCUAAGCUAUUCAUUUACCAGAAUAUAUAUUGAUUAUUGUAUUGGUAUAAUUAAAUUUUCGGGUACCUGAGUUUUUAGAUUCAGGGGUGAUUUAACAGGGUAUAAAGUAAGAAUUCUUAUGUACCUCCGAAAUUUUAUUUCAUUCCCAAUUAUAGGGACAAUGGAUUCCCUCCACGUAUCUCCACAAUGGGCCUUUUCAGGAUGUGCAACAUCAAGAGCUUUCAUAACUCAAAUCAAGCAAGUACAGCGCCACUGCUCAUGUCAUAGUUUCAAUCACAGCCGCAGAGAGAAUUCUUAUAUAUCGUUAUCCAAUGAGGAUUCCAGGCGAAAGAUUCUCCUAUUUUUCUUAUCAACUACAGCUUUGUUUCCAACUCGGCAUUCUUCUGCCAAGACGAAGAAUAAGAAUCCAUAUGAUGAAAGACGCUUACUAGAGCAAAACAAACGGAGACAAAGGGAAAACAAUGCACCUGAUGACUUUCCAAGCUUUGUCAGAGAAGGUUUUGAGGUUAAGGUUAUAGCACCAGAGACCUAUGUUAAACGUGACUCUGGGCUCAUAUAUUGGGAUAUCGAAGUUGGUAAUGGUGAUUGCCCCAAGGAUGGUCAACAGGUGAUUUUUCACUAUGUUGGCUAUAAUGAAUCUGGUCGUCGAAUUGACAGCACAUACUUACAGGGUUCUCCUGCCAGAAUCCGUGUGGGCACUAAUGCUUUGGUCCCAGGAUUCGAGGAAGGAAUUCGAGGCAUGAGACCAGGGGGAAAGAGGAGAAUAAUAAUUCCACCAGAACUUGGACCACCUGUGGGGCCUUCUACAUUUUUCAGCUCAAAACAGUUUGAAGUGUUUGAUGUGGAACUGUUGAGUGUCCAGGAUUGUCAGAGGAGGACAAUAGGCUUUUACUCUGAUAUUGUUUGCAACUAGGAGUUGAAGGUUGUCUUUUUGAGGUACAUGGAGCUUUGAGAUGAAUCAACCUAAGAAGUCCACACUGCUCUAUGUAUAUGCUGAACUUAUUACCUUUUCUACUGAGGAACCUUUUGGAAAAUAACCGUCAAUUCCUCCCACCCCCACCCCAACUGAGAUGUUUUUGUAGUGAUUGAUCAUUAGAUUAAAGAUCAUAUUACCAAGUUACUUGUUUCUCUCUCUCUCUCUCACCUUCUCCCAAUGAGUGGGCAAGAUCUCCUGAGCCGACCUUGGAGCACAAUCAUAACUUUGCUUAUCUACUCUUUGCAAAGAGUUUGUACCUCUUCACGUGCAGAUAAGGCACCAAUUACGAUCUUAUAAAGUUAUUGGUUCAAUCUCCAAGCUAGUUAUCCUUGAACUGAAAGAAAAGUGUCUGCGACUGUUUUUAAUAACACAAUUACAAGUGCAGAAGUUUAUCGUUGAUCAAUGGAUGCUAAGUAAGAAUUAAAGAUCGAUUUAUCAGCUUCAUUUGAGAAGUGCUUCUAUACUUGAAUGUAAAUUCAUUUGUAAUAAUGGUAAAUUACACUACCAUAGUGAUAAAUGAUGUAUGUCUAUAACUCAAACAAUGAUCGAAAGCACUCUUAAAAUAUUGCAACU